AUGGGGAGGAGCAGGAAAGCCAGGGCUGGUGGCCCGCCCAGGUGCUGGGGAACAGCGUGCCCCCGUCCCUGCAUGGUUCUCUGCAGGGUGGCCCACGGCACCCAUCAUGUGACCGGCGGUGGCUCUGGUUCUGCAGGGCUCCUGGGGGCCCUCAGGACCACUGCAGCGAAGGGGGGUGUCCCACUGCUGACUGAUCCCUCGGAGGGACGGUCGGCGAAACCCCCUGCCCAGGAGGAAGUCAUUUCCUCCGGAGGAGUAGGCUUGUGGCUGAAGAGCCGCGUGGGCACAGACCCUCCCCUCCCCUGGAGAAGCAGCAGCUCCGUGAUGACCAGCUUCCAGCAGCUGCAUGCCCGGGGAGGGGGCCAGGCGCCCAGGAAGGCCGUGGGGCCCCCGGCUGACACGCAGGCCUACAGCGUUGCUGGGCAUUCUGAGGGGACAGCAGAUGAGGGCUAG